AUGCACAGGUUCAGGUGGAUGAAAAACGUGCCCCUCAGGAGGCAUGCGAAUCUAUCAAGGGUAGAAAACUGCAAAAUCAACUACAGAAAAUUUGGAACUAGCGAAAAUGUAAGCAUGAAGAAGAACCCCACCCCAGGAAGCAAAAGUGGAGGAGAAGCUCAGAAUGUAAGGAAAAAUGAAUCCAUGGGUAGCAGCAUGAAAGUGGGAAAAAUUUCUCAAGUGAUAGGGGCAGUUGUAGAUGUCGAAUUUGAAGAUACUCCACCUUCGAUUUUGAAUGCUCUAGAAGCAGAAUUAGAUGAUAAAAAGUUAAUUUUAGAAGUAGCUCAGCAUUUAGGAAAUAAAGUUGUUAGAACUAUUGCUAUGGAUGCAACAGAUGGAUUAGUACGAGGACAGAAAGUAAAAGACUGUGGUAGACCCAUAUCCGUUCCUGUGGGAGAAGCAACACUCGGGAGAAUUAUGAAUGUUAUUGGGGAACCUAUAGAUGAAUGUGGAGAUAUAAAAUGUAAAAAAAUGUUACCUAUACAUAGGGAUCCACCAUUAUUUACAGACCAAAGUACUGAACCUGCACUUUUAAUAACAGGUAUUAAGGUAGUAGAUUUAAUAGCUCCAUAUGCAAAAGGAGGAAAAAUAGGAUUAUUUGGUGGUGCAGGGGUAGGAAAAACUGUUCUAAUUAUGGAAUUAAUUAACAAUGUUGCAAAAAAACAUGGUGGAUAUUCUGUUUUUGCAGGUGUAGGUGAAAGGACAAGAGAAGGAAAUGAUUUAUAUCAUGAAAUGAUAACUACUGGUGUAAUAAAAAAAAAAAAAAUUGGAAAUAAUGAAUAUGAUUUUAAUGGUUCUAAGGCAGCUCUAGUAUAUGGACAGAUGAAUGAGCCUCCAGGUGCUCGUGCUAGAGUUGCAUUAACUGGUUUAACAGUAGCUGAAUAUUUUAGAGAUGAAGAAAAUCAAGAUGUGUUAUUAUUUGUUGAUAACAUAUAUCGGUUCACACAAGCAGGAUCAGAAGUAUCAGCUUUGUUAGGUCGUAUUCCAUCAGCUGUCGGAUAUCAACCAACUCUGGCAACAGAUUUAGGAGCUUUGCAAGAAAGAAUUACAACAACAAAAAAUGGUUCUAUUACAUCUGUUCAGGCAGUAUAUGUACCUGCAGACGAUUUAACAGACCCUGCACCCGCAACCACAUUUUCCCAUUUAGAUGCAACCACUGUGUUGUCAAGAUCUAUAGCUGAAUUAGGUAUAUAUCCAGCUGUGGACCCAUUAGAUUCCACCUCUCGUAUGUUAACCCCAGAUAUAGUAGGCUCAGAACAGUAUGAAGUAGCUAGAAAUGUACAACAAAUUCUACAAGAUUACAAAGCAUUGCAAGAUAUUAUUGCAAUUCUAGGUAUAGAUGAAUUAUCAGAACAAGAUAAGCUAACUGUUGCACGCGCAAGAAAAGUACAGAGAUUUUUAUCGCAACCUUUUGCGGUCGCAGAAGUAUUUACAGGAAAACCAGGAAGAUUUGUUGAAUUAGAAGAUACCAUCAAAGGAUUUUCUGAGCUUUUAAAAGGAAAUUGUGAUGACCUUCCAGAAAUGGCUUUUUAUAUGGUGGGAGGAUUGGAUGAAGUUAAAUCUAAAGCUAUUGAUAUGGCCAAGCAUGUUUCGUAG